AUGAUAGUCAAAGAAUAUUAUCCGUUCAGUAUUGUUGAGGACAAAGAGUUUGUUAAACUUUUAAAAAUGUUAAACCCCGGAUACGACUUACCAUCAAGAAAAUCACUGUCGACUUCAUUGCUUUCUAUUCUUUACAAUGAGACAUAUGAUAAAGUUAAGUCCGAUAUAGUAGGAAAUGGUCAUUUUGUUAGUAUCACGACUGAUAGUUGGACAUCUAAAAAGAACGAGGGUUAUAUUGCAGCUACAGCACAUUUUAUAGAUAACAACUGUACCAGUGAUAAUUUGAAAAGUGAAUUGUUAAAAGUCAUAAAAGAAUGGGGUUUGGAAAAUAGAGUCUCAGCUUGCACAUUAGACAAUGCAUCAAAUAUAUUAAAGGUAAUUGAUUUAUGCAAAUGGAGGCAUGUACGUUGUUUUGAUCAUAGCUUGAACCUGGCUGUACAAAAAGCUAUAAAAGAAAUACAGGAGGUUAAAGAGAAAAUUUCAGGUAUAGUUAGGCAUUUCAGAAAAAGUACCACUGCUGUAGGCAAAUUAAAAUCGAUCCAAGAACAACUGGGCUAUUCUCCUCAAUUUGUUCUUAUCCAAGAUGUUGUGACAAGAUGGAACUCUACCUUUGAAAUGUUAAAACGAGUACUUGACUUGAAGAUUCCUCUCUGCACAGCAUUAGCAGAAACUAACUACAAUGAAUAUUUAACAAAUAAUGAUUGGAUUAUUUUUACUAGAGCCUGUGAAUUGUUAAAGCCAUUUAAAAAAAUAACUACCGAAAUAAGUUCUGAAAAAUCUGUGUCUAUUUCAAAGAUAUCGUUGGAACUAAAUCCAUUAUACGCUGAAUCAACAAUAUUGCACCCAAGAUUUAAGAAUUAUGGAUUUUUGCAUCAGUUUGCAUUUAGCGAGGGUAAAAAAUCCUUGAUCAACAAAGCUGCAACAGUUAAUAUUGUAAAUAAUACACAAGCAACUACUCAAGUCACCACAUUACCAAAUCAGACUGAUGGUGAUUCUAUAUGGAAAGAUUUUGACAGUGAAGUGGUUUCAAUAGUUCAAUCUUCCGAUCCUACAGCAGCAUUUAAAGUUGAACUUGAUAAAUAUCUGCAUGAAUCACUACUGUCUCGAAGAGAAGAUCCCCUGGUUUGGUGGAAGCUAAAUCAGCAUGUUUACCCAAGACUCUUUAAAUUUGUGAAAAAAAGGUUUUGCAUCAUGGGUACAUCGGUACCAUGCGAGCGAAUUUUUUUCAAAGCUGGACAGACAAUCACAAAAAAAGAAGUAGGCUAA